UGUUUUCCUUGCAAAGAACUUCUGAUCCCCCCAAAAGUAUGCGAAAUAGAAACGAAAAUAUAUAAAAGAAAACAGGAGAAGUGUGAGUGAGUUGUUAGCGUAGGAAAGAGAAUAGGAGAAAAGUGUUAUAUAAAUAGGAGAGAAGGACUGAACAAAAAAGUUUUGAAAUUUCGCGGUCAGAGGAAAAGUUAGGUUAUGUGUAUUGUGAUUUGAAUCCACGGGUGCUUUGACCGUUGUUUAUAUUGUUUGUUGUGUAUUUCGGUUGUUGUAUUCGCGUGGAGAAGCGGAGAGAUGAGCGAACAGAAUUUCAGUUAUCGCGAGGUGAUUCCCGAUCAAUCGGCGUACGCUUCGUGGAAAGAGAUCAGCCUGAACACCGGAGGAACGCAGAGCACCCUGCAAGACAUCAAGAUCAUCGAGAAAGCAAAUGGAUACUGCUAUCGGGAUGCCACCAAACACCUCACCAGAAACCGAUUCAUAUACUGGAGAAUCAACAAUGACGUCCUGGAGCUGGUCGAGCAGAGUCUGGAUGUUAACCUGUCCGGCAACAAGAUCCGAUAUAAAUUCAUAGACACACCGAUAUUGGAUGCAAUCACAAUACACGAGACGUUUGAGAAUGUGAUCGUUUUGGUGCCAACUGUGUGCAGCGUCCACAGACUGAUAUUCCCACAUCCAGACAGAUUACACAAACAGGAUGAUUUAAUGGAAACGCAUCCGGAUCUUGCGAUACCAUCAAUCUUCUCGGAGGCCAGAAACACCGACUCCUUUUUUUACGUAUACAUCAGUCCAUCUGCCUCAAGUUUGCAACUACCUCACUUAGCGGCCUCUUGCUUAACUAUUUACGAAGAGGCUAUGUUCCUAUUGGCUUAUCCCACCGGGGAGUUGAUCCUGGUGCGGCAGAAGAGCAGCGGCGAAGGAGAAACUGUAGAAUUGAAAUACGAUACAGUUGUGCAAAAAUUCUUAUCAGGAAUGUUCAGGUCAAAGAACAAUGAGAGCAGUUCUAUAGUGAGCAUGCUGUUGCACACUUUCGGUUUGGAAACGUACGCUUUGACUUUGUGCAGAGAUGGACAAAUUCGGGUUUGGUCUUGCUCUAAAGCUCAGUGCAUCUCAGUCAGUGAUGUUCUUUCCGAUUCUUUGAUGGUCCAACAAGGAGGUCAUAAUCAUGUGCUCAAGAAGGUGAUAGGCUUGAACGAGACGGACUUUAUGUUUGCCGCGUAUUUAACGUACUCGAACAGCUCCAGAUUCGAUAUCCUGAAGCCGAUAAUCAACGGACAGCAGUUCAGCAUCGUCAAAGUGUAUAGCUUGUAUCCACCAGCAGUGUCGGGAGAUUUGAUCGACUUUUCGUUGACGAACACGAGGAUUUGGUCCAUUUGGAGGGACAACGACGGAGAUUGGAGCUGCUACAGUUCCACCUUCAACUCGGAAACCGUACAUAAGACGUCGUGGAUUCCCGUCGUUCUCGAACCGUUACCCAAUCCCGAAGAGUUACCAUCCGACGAGACCAUGGACCCGAAGCAGUGCUACCUCCAGCACAUCUUCCAUCCGGGCAGAUUUCCCAUGCAGAUCAUCAGCAAAGCUCUGAGCAUCUACAAGAGAUCCAUCGUGAGCAGCGACGUUAACUUAUCAGCAACGGUCUUGAAGCAACGCGUCUGCAUGGCAGUGGAAAACGAGAUACAAACCGAACUUCAGAACUGUGAAAUCACAGAUGAAGACUACUUGGAAGCAGCUAAUUGGUGCUGGUCAUCGUUUUACUCUUGUUGCGUUCAAUACCACGUUGCAGGAUUGAAGCCGCUGGGAAUCCUGCUAUUGCCUUCGGUCUGUGGAGCUGUCCUCUUGAAGAAGUCCAACUUCUCGUUCUUAAGACCUCUGGAUUUGAUCGAGCAUAUGACGCUCUGCAACGAGUACGUCUCCAUCGAUAGCAUCUACGAACAUCCGCAAAUUAAUUCUAGGGAGGAAUGCAACGAUCUGACAAUCCUCACUAGGAUUUUGAUGACUUUUGAGGCGCAAACCGGAGACGAUUUCAGGAUAAGCAUCGAAAACGACUUAGCGCAAGGUAUGCAGCCGUGCGAGGCUUUGGAGGAGCUGCAAAAUGAACUAUCCAAAGAUGAAAAGAUUGUGGAGACGAUUAGGCAUCAGCUCUAUGAUUGUACCGAUUUAUAUUUGGCCAUCCACAAAAUGCUGGAGCUAUUGAGGAUGGACGAGUCCAUCGUUACAGACGUGGAGACGGACAAGAACAGCAUGAAAACCUCGAUCAUGCAUCUCUUCAGCUCGCAGCUGGGAAUCUCCGUCGUCACGCAAUGCUUCGCUCAACAGAACAGUAUUAAGUUUUCCAUCUGCCGAAAUUUGUUGGCCUUCCAGUACAUUUUACUAGAAGAUCAGAACGAUUCCAAGCUGGAAGCGAUUCGUUCGGUGUGCAUCCCAGAAGUCACCGUUCUGCUGCAAAGCUACUUCGCUUUGCACUGGUUGACCAAAUUAACGGCGGCUCCUGUUCUCUCAUUAGACUCGCAGAACCAGCGAUUAUCUUCAUUGAAGCUGACUCCGGUGUUCAACGUGAACAGCAUCCAUCAACUACAAAUAAUUUCAUUGAUCGAACUGUAUACGAGAUCGACGGGAGGAAGCGACGCGCACAAGGCUUUACUCAAGUUCGACUUUGAUGAAGACUCUCUGGCGCCUUGGCACACCUCUCUCCUUCCAUUGGUCACACAACUCACGCUCAACAUUUGGCCGAUUAGCGGAACUUCCGCCUUCACGGAAUGGCUCUUGAGCAGCGGCCAGCACAUCCAUCUUCAGCAGUACGUCUCGGUGAUGGACUCCUGGUGCGACUGGAACAAAUACACAAGGAAAUUCCUGCUCGGCGUGGCUUUCUUGAACAGCGGAGAAACACAGAAGUCCUUCGAUCUAUUCACCCAGGCGAGCGGAGGCAUCUACUCCGAACAGUUCAUCGUCGAUCGCGUCGGGAAUCUGGACAAAACCAAGUCUUCCAAAAUCGUCCUCUAUUAUUUAAAAAUUAUACAAUUAUUCGAGUUGCACAACGCGAAAGAUUUCGCCUUGGAGGCUGCUGAUACGGCUUUGGCAAUCCUGGAGGACGAUGAGCCGUUGAAGGCGACUCUUUACUCUGUCAAGUUCAAGCACCAUUUAGCAUUGGGUCAUUACGAUGAGGCUUUCGAAGCUCUCUCCUCAAACCCUGAUGCUGAGCGUAAAAAGGACAACCUUCGUGAUCUCGUGAAGACACUCUUGGAUUCCAAGCGACUCGACAUUCUGAUGUCCUUCAAAUACACCGAAUUGGAAGAGCUGUUUUUCAGCAUCCUGUACACUAGAGCAAGAGCAACGGAUUCGGUGAACAACAUCUACUACGACUUCCUAUACGCCUACUGCAUACAAAAGAGAUUCACGAGAUUAGCUGGAUCGGUGAUGUACGAGCAGGCCUUCAGGUUGAACUCUCAUAACACAUCUGAAGCUCUCGAAAAGCAGGUGAAAUGUUUCCUGGCAUGCGUUAACUGCCUUUGCCUGACCGACGAUUCCAAAUUCGCGUGGGUAUUGAAACCUUCAGAUCCUGAUCUGGAGGAUGAAGUGCACAUCUUACCGUCGAAAAUCGGUUCCGAUGAUGAGCCACACGUAGUUAAUUAUAAAAGACAGGUGGACGUGAUCGAUGUGCAAGGUAUUCGCAAGGAGUUGGUGUUUGCCAGGGCUAAAUUGCAGUUAUCCAAGCUCGAUCCAAACUGCAUUCCCAACAAUCUUACAACUCCCAGCGAAUUGGUCAUGUUCCUAGCAUCAUCUGGCAUAUACAAGACAUCUUUCAAAGUGUGUGUGGCUUACGAAAUACCCUUCGACAUAAUCUUCGAGAUGUUGACGCAUCAAUGCGUUUUGUUAACAGAAAGCGAAGAUAACGAAGCGUGGAAUUGGUUGAUAGAGAACGAUCUGCACGAUUUUGAUUACAUCGGUAACUCAACGUCCGUCGUCGCAUGGAACCUUCUUCAGCACUAUUUGGAAGUGCACGAGGAGGCGCAUUUGAGUUGUUACCAUCGCGUUGUUGCGGAUAAAAUCCUCCACAUGGGUAUGGCUCUUCCGCAUUGGUUUUUGGCAUCCUACAAAAAACGCAAUCCCGCUGAGCUGUUGAGGCUCUACUACUUCACAGGUUACCUAGAGGAAGCUGCGGAAUUCUGCAUGGAUUAUCUGAAGGCAGCGCUGGGCUACGGACCCGAAUACUUCGGGAUCGAGCAGUAUUUGACGCCGAUGGCGAAAGCCCUCUGUCUUCCUGUUAAUAUAAUAGAUGCUCUAAUUUUCGAACUGGAGCAGCAGAACGAUAACGACGAGAGGAAACCGUUCGAGCAGAUCCAUGAAUUGCUGAAGGAAUUGUUCGAGAAGUACCUGGAUACGUCCACAAGGAUCACUUACGAGGUUUGCCGCGAGAAGAUGGCCGGAGUAUAUUGACCCCCAGAGCAUUUUAUUUUCAUUGUUU